AUGACGGAAACAUCGAAGGGCAAAGCUAUCGUAGCUUCCGUGCAGACCGCAAGCACGCAAGUCCAGCAAAACUUCGUCGGCGGACAUCACCAUCACCAGUGGACUUUAGCAAACGGUAGCCGUCAAGCCCCAGCGUCCAACGCUGUUGCCAAGCCAGUCUCUGCUUCAGAGUCAGGAGUGCCUCAGAGUCAAUAUAAAUGGAUUGCUUCGAAAUUGAAGAAGGAGAAGGAAGAAUUGCAAGGCCAUUACAAUACUCUCUACCGUCUGCAUGAAGAGACGAAGAAAGAACUGGAACGUACGCAGAACGCGCGAGACGAGGCCAAGACGCUGGCCAAGGGGAUUAUCCGGCUAAGGCUGGACUCGAAGAAAGGUUAG